CUUUGUGGAACCCCUCAGUCUAGAUACUGAACCUGAGAUCUGGAAGGUGCAACAGCUGAAGAAGGAGCAGAUCAAGACCUUCAACAACAAACUUGCCUCCUUUGUUGAUAAGGGAUCAGAACAGAAGCUAUCUGGACACAUCUGAGAACAAUACCAACUCACUGCAGGAAAGAGGAAGGUGUUGCCGGAUGCUCCCCUUCAUCUGCAGGAUGUGUGAACAUCUCUCUGAGCCUGGGUAUGUUACUGUUCCUGGAGCCAGCUCAACGGGUUCAGGUGUGGCUUGGUCUGUUGUGCCAAGGCUGAACUGUGCCAGUGACAAUCACAACAACCACCACCUACAUGCCAUGCUCUUGGAUUGUGUGGCACAUGGGCAGGAUGGCUGCUUUUUUGUGCAGGGUUUGCAGGAGGCCUUCUCAGUGGGGACUCUGCUCCCUCAGAGGUCGAUGCAGUGGUUCUAGAUGUCUGAACACUGCCUGGCUUACUUCAUGCAGCCAGUUUACGUAUGCUUUUUGGGCAGUGAUUUUGUACAGACAUCUGUCUAACCAUCAUUCCAAAUUGAUCUGGCUUGUUUGGUCUGUGGGUGUUCCCUCCCCUAGGUCAUAACACUUCCUUGCAAGAUCCAUGAUUUAAACUAUUGCCUGAUGCAGAGUACAUUGGAACAAGACACACUCAAAAUGAAAGGAGCAGGGAUGAAGGUGAAUUACAUCUGAAGCAGUAGGUCACAAACUCAACAGGUGAAAAGCACUGAGCCUUUAGAAACUGUUGUACUGCUGCCAAAGAAUCAUUAGGGCAAAGGGGACUCUUUGGCUCAGAUCUUGCAAGGAAAAUCAUGGGUUGUGUUCCACUGGGUCUCAGCUCCUCCUGACAAGAAAUCGCAUAUUGUCAUCCUGAUCUUUCUAAUUGCUCCUUGGUCACACAGAAGUUUUAGUCUCUGCAGUUUUCAGACACAGUUUGUCCCAUGCAGAAUUUCGCACAGAGCAGAUACAAUUCUGAGAGCAUCUUUCAGCUUGACAGAAACUUAUUCAGAUAAAAAUAAAAAUAUGGGACUGACAGAAUAUUUCAUCCUUGUGAUGAAAUUCUUGGUGGAAUUCUGCAUGAUGGAUACUUUGCUGAUCCUUUCUUUUUGGCUGCUUGAAUCUCACCAGCAACUUUAUCACAAGAGCAUCUCGAAUACUUAGGAAAUGUGGGACUGAAGGAGAACAACUUACAUUGGUUUAUCUUGGGAUGGACCAUCAUCUAGAAACUAUUGAGCCAAACUGAAACAGAAGAGGAAAGAUCUUGUGUCCAGUCCUAAUAUUUUGACAAAUCUUACCCCAGAUGGGUUGAAAUGGACCCAUUCCCAGAUUUUUCCCCCAUUCACUUUUAAAAUCAUCAUCGUUACACAAGCUUUUGUUUACCACAAGCCGCCUUUCCAGCAGGACACGUGAUUCUCAGUCCAAGUCAGCUUUUUGUAUAAUAAUUUGGGGAAAGAGGGGAAAAUGAGUGGGAUACUUGGUUCAAAUUUUCAUAAAAAUAUAGGUAAUAAGUAAAGUUUAGGUACAAAAAAGUAGCAUAAAUGGGAGGUCUGGGCUACUAGUAGGCCACUCCUGGUCUAAGGCUUUAAGAGAUCAAGUUUUUAGGGGGAAAUAGUGUUUUUCAUUUGCCUGUCUGGGAAAAACUCUGUCUAAUGCUGUACCCUUCAUGUGGUUGCUGAGUGUCCAAAAGCUUGUCCACUUUUAGGUAAAUCAGCUGGUCUAAUAACAGCUGUUACCUCUCCCUACAAACUUCUCCUUUCAGGGGCUUACAAGGCACUUCCCAAAUGGAGCCAGAGCAAGGAUUACAAAGCCCGGACCACAUAACAGCUAUGUAGCUGAACUGUUUGUGCUAUGGCUUUAUCCCCAACCUUUGGAAGGAAGUGCAUCCCUUCAGGUGAAGCCCAGCUCAUCCUCAUGUUGUGCAGGGGAUGAAGGAGAGGUGCUUGCCGUUGGGAAGUUGUUCCCAGUGGUGCUUUGGGUGACAGUGUAUCACAUCUCCAUUGUCAUCUUGAGGUAUUGGUCAAAGCUGAAGUCUCCCAGUGGCGUUGCCUGCAGCGCGACUUGUCUCUCAAAUGCUCUUUAACAUGUCCACGGCCGUUUGCCACACCAAAGUGUGCUCGGACUGGAAAGAUGGAGUCCUGCACAGAGGCAGGGAGGGGGUGGAAGGAUGGGUCGGAUGGAUGCACAGUGGGAGAAUCUGGGUAGAAAAGCUUGGAUGGAGACCAGCUCUAUACUUCAUGCAUAGCAUCAUAUACUUGAUGCAUAGUGUGCACUUCAGGUGAUACGGUGAAGGAAGCUGAGCACCCUCCGCUCUCCCCACAGUCAGUGAGGGCUAUGUGAGGGCUAUAUGGAGGCUUGGCAUCUCAUAAAAUGAAAUGCCAAAAGAGGGGAAAAACGAGAGAGAACAAAGCAUAGUAAUGUGCAUUGAUAACUAUGCAAACUGUAAUUAAUGAUGGAGGGCAGGCUAACUAGAUAAGGAAGCCUCAUCUGAGCAAAGCUUGUGAGUCAAGCAGGAUUUGGAGAAUUUUGCAAUUCCUCCAUCAGUGUGUGGUGUUUACUCUGUUGCCCGUUCAAGCAGCCAUUAAUUGCUGCCUGAUGAACCGAACCCAGUAAUAAAAUUAACAAACCUGCUGAUUACCAUGGAAUGGAGACCAACUCCUCCAUAAGAUAUAAAGGAGAACUUCCAUCUCCCCUGGCAGAGGAGUUGAGGCUCCUUCACUCUCACUUCUCCUCCUGUUUUACAACCUCCACCACCCGCUCUCUUGCCUUCUCUUAACGCUCUGAAAGCGACGCUAUGAGCCGACAAUUCUCCAGAUUUGGGGAUGGGGGUUUCAGUUUUGUUCACUGUGGCAGGCUGGGUAGUGGGCGAAGCUCGUCUGCUGUAAGCUUUUGCGACGACAACAGAGGAGAAGAAAGGUAUGGUGGUUAUGGGUAUGGCAGCAGGAGUCUGCAUAACCUUGGUGGGUUUAGGAACGUUUUUAUCUGUGGAGGCUACAGAGGAGGAGGAGGAGGAUAUGGAAGGUGCCUGGGAUUUGGUGGCAGGAGACAUUUUGAUAUGGGCUUUGGCAGAAGAGGAUGUCCUGUGGGAGCUUUUCAAGGUGGUGAAGCAGGGCUUGGUGGCAUCUGUGGAGGAGGUUUAGGCAGGGAGGCACUUGGAGGUGGCCUUCACAGAAAUGCCUUUAGCGAGCAAGGGGCUGGACGGAGUUUUGGGCAGGCUGGUGUUAGUCGACGCAUCAAGGAGGUCCAUGUCAAUACCAGCCUGAGGCCAGUACACGGACAAAUUGACCCUGAGCUCCAGAGAGUGCGGUCAGAUGAGAAAGAGCAGAUUAAGACUCUCAACAACAGAUUUGCAUCAUUCAUCGAUAAGGUUCAACGCCUUGAGCAGCAGAACCAGGCUCUAGUGACCAAAUGGGAACUUCUGCAGCAACAAAGCCUCCAUCCAGAGGAAAGGAGAAGUAUCGCCUCUUUCUUCCAGUCUUACAUCAGCAACCUGCAGAGGCAGUUAGAAACUCUCCAGAACCAAAAGGAACAGCUGGAUCCGGAAGCAUACAAUACGCUUCAGUUUAUUGAAGAUUAUAAAAAGAGAUUCGAGGAUGAAAUCAACAAGUGCAUGUGUCAAGAGGAGUCAUCUGUGGAGCUCAAAAAGGAAUUGGACAGUGCCCACAUGAGAAAAACAGAGUUUGAUGUGCGGGUGGAAAUACUGAAACAGGCGCUUGAGUUCCUCAGAUGCUUAUAUGAGGCAGAGCUGUCUCAACUGCAAACAGUAGUUGGCAACGCCAAUGUCAUGCUGUCCAUGGACAGCCACACAGAUCUGAACAUGGAUGGCAUCAUUGAAGAAGUCAGACAGGAGUAUGAGGGAAUAGCUCAGAAGAGCAAAGCCGAAGUGGAUGCCAUGUAUCAGGGCAGGUACCAGGACCUUCAGGACAUGGGGGUAAAUUACCGUGAGCAGCUGAGAAACAGUUUUCAGGAAAUCCAAGAACUGACCAGGCAGAUCCAAAGACUACAGCCAGAAAUUGAAAUCGUAAGGAAAAAGAAUGCCAGCCUCCAAGAAGCAAUUAGGGAUGCUGACCAGCAUGGGAACUCUGCCCUCAAAGACGGCCAGGAAAAGCUUCAGGAGUUGGAGCAUGCCUUUCAGCAGGCCAAAGAUGAGCUAGCUCGCCUUCUUCAUGACUACCAGGAGCUCCUGAAUGCAAAACUGACCCUGGAUAUUGAAAUUGCCAUGUACAGGUCACUCCUUGAGGAAGAGGAGACAAGGAUACAGGAAGGCUCACCAGCAAGAAUCUGUGUCACUGACUACACUGCAAGUGCCACUGGUGGCCUAAGAGGAAUAUCUAGAGGAGGAUGCCAUUCUGAAAACACUGGAUAUGCUUCAGGAGGAUCUGGUGCUGAAGGGAUAGAAAGUACUUGCACUACAGGUUCCUCUGAGAGGGGUGAAUAUGGCUCUGGAGGUGGAUGCUCCUAUGUCACAGCAGGAAGUCACGGCUCUGAGAGCAGGACGCACGAUCCGUGCAGUGGGGGUGUGAGCUCUGGCAGUAGCUCCAGCUCUGGAAGGAGAGGGUCCAUCUCUGGAGGUGGAGGAGGAAGCCCAGGUGGUGGUGUGUCCAUCUCUGGCAGUGGUGGGUCCAGCACUGGAGGAGGCGGCAGUUAUGGGUCUGGAAGUGGUGGUUUUGGGUCUGGAGGGGGAGGCAUCUCCGGUGGCAGUGGUGGGUCCAGCAUUGGAGGGGGAAGCAGCUCUGGAGGAGGAGGCAGUUAUGGGUCUGGAAGUGGUGGUUAUGGGUCUGGAGGGGGAGGCAUCUCUGGUGGCAGUGGUGGGUCCAUCUGUGGAGGGGGAAGCAGCUCUGGAGGAGGAGGCAGUUAUGGGUCUGGAAGUGGUGGUUAUGGGUCUGGAGGGGGAGGCAUCUCUGGUGGCAGUGGAGGAUCCAUCUGUGGAGGGGGAAGCAGCUCUGGAGGAGGCGGCUAUGGGUCUGGAAGUGGCAGGCGCAGUCCUAUCAGUGGGGGUGUGAGCUCUGGCAGUAGCUCCAGCUCUGGAAGGAGAGGGUCCAUCUCUGGAGGUGGAGGAGGAAGCCCAGGUGGUGGGGGAUCCAUCUCUGGCAGUGGUGGGUCCAGCAUUGGAGGAGGAGGAGGCAGUUAUGGGUCUGGAAGUGGUGGCUAUGGGUCUGGAGGGGGAGGCAUCUCCGGUGGCAGUGGUGGGUCCAUCUGUGGAGGGGGAAGCAGCUCUGGAGGAGGCGGCAGUUAUGGGUCUGGAAGUGGUGGCUAUGGGUCUGGAGGGGGAGGCAUCUCCGGUGGCAGUGGAGGAUCCAUCUGUGGAGGGGGAAGCAGCUCUGGAGGAGGAGGCAGUUAUGGGUCUGGAAGUGGCAGGCGCAGUCCUAUCAGUGGGGGUGUGAGCUCUGGCAGUAGCUCCAGCUCUGGAAGGAGAGGGUCCAUCUCUGGAGGUGGAGGAGGAAGCCCAGGUGGUGGGGGAUCCAUCUCUGGCAGUGGUGGGUCCAGCAUUGGAGGAGGAGGCGGCGGUUAUGGGUCUGGAAGUGGUGGUUAUGGGUCUGGAGGGGGAGGCAUCUCAGGUGGCAGUGGAGGAUCCACCUGUGGAGGGGGAAGCAGCUCUGGAGGAGGAGGCGGCGGUUAUGGGUCUGGAAGUGGUGGUUAUGGGUCUGGAGGGGGAGGCAUCUCAGGUGGCAGUGGUGGGUCCAUCUGUGGAGGGGGAAGCAGCUCUGGAGGAGGAGGAGGCAGUUAUGGGUCUGGAAGUGGUGGCUAUGGGUCUGGAGGGGGAGGCAUCUCAGGUGGUAGUGGAGGAUCCAUCUGUGGAGGGGGAAGUAGCUCUGGAGGAGGAGGCGGUUAUGGGUCUGGAAGUGGUGGCUAUGGGUCUGGAGGGGGAGGCAUCUCCGGUGGCAGUGGUGGGUCCAUCUGUGGAGGGGGAAGCAGCUCUGGAGGAGGAGGCAGUUAUGGGUCUGGAAGUGGCAGGCGCAGUCCUAUCAGUGGGGGUGUGAGCUCUGGCAGUAGCUCCAGCUCUGGAAGGAGAGGGUCCAUCUCUGGAGGUGGAGGAGGAAGCCCAGGUGGUGGGGGAUCCAUCUCUGGCAGUGGUGGGUCCAGCAUUGGAGGAGGAGGCAGCGGUUAUGGGUCUGGAAGUGGUGGUUAUGGGUCUGGAGGGGGAGGCAUCUCAGGUGGCAGUGGUGGGUCCAUCUGUGGAGGGGGAAGUAGCUCUGGAGGAGGAGGCAGUUAUGGGUCUGGAAGUGGUGGUUAUGGGUCUGGAGGGGGAGGCAUCUCCGGUGGCAGUGGAGGAUCCAUCUGUGGAGGGGGAAGUAGCUCUGGAGGAGGAGGCUAUGGGUCUGGAAGUGGCAGGCGCAGUCCUAUCAGUGGGGGUGUGAGCUCUGGCAGUAGCUCCAGCUCUGGAAGGAGAGGGUCCAUCUCUGGCAGUGGUGGGUCCAGCACUGGAGGAGGAGGCGGUUAUGGGUCUGGAAGUGGUGGCUAUGGGUCUGGAGGGGGAGGCAUCUCCGGUGGCAGUGGAGGAUCCAUCUGUGGAGGGGGAAGCAGCUCUGGAGGAGGAGGCUAUGGGUCUGGAAGUGGCAGGCGCAGUCCUAUCAGUGGGGGUGUGAGCUCUGGCAGUAGCUCCAGCUCUGGAAGGAGAGGGUCCAUCUCUGGCAGUGGUGGGUCCAGCAUUGGGGGAGGAGGCGGCAGUUAUGGGUCUGGAAGUGGUGGUUAUGGGUCUGGAGGGGGAGGCAUCUCAGGUGGCAGUGGAGGAUCCACCUCUGGAGGGGGAAGCAGCUCUGGAGGAGGAGGCGGCGGUUAUGGGUCUGGAAGUGGUGGCUAUGGGUCUGGAGGGGGAGGCAUCUCAGGUGGUAGUGGAGGAUCCAUCUGUGGAGGGGGAAGUAGCUCUGGAGGAGGAGGCGGUUAUGGGUCUGGAAGUGGUGGCUAUGGGUCUGGAGGGGGAGGCAUCUCCGGUGGCAGUGGUGGGUCCAUCUGUGGAGGGGGAAGCAGCUCUGGAGGAGGAGGCAGUUAUGGGUCUGGAAGUGGCAGGCGCAGUCCUAUCAGUGGGGGUGUGAGCUCUGGCAGUAGCUCCAGCUCUGGAAGGAGAGGGUCCAUCUCUGGAGGUGGAGGAGGAAGCCCAGGUGGUGGGGGAUCCAUCUCUGGCAGUGGUGGGUCCAGCAUUGGAGGAGGAGGCAGCGGUUAUGGGUCUGGAAGUGGUGGUUAUGGGUCUGGAGGGGGAGGCAUCUCAGGUGGCAGUGGUGGGUCCAUCUGUGGAGGGGGAAGUAGCUCUGGAGGAGGAGGCAGUUAUGGGUCUGGAAGUGGUGGUUAUGGGUCUGGAGGGGGAGGCAUCUCCGGUGGCAGUGGAGGAUCCAUCUGUGGAGGGGGAAGUAGCUCUGGAGGAGGAGGCUAUGGGUCUGGAAGUGGCAGGCGCAGUCCUAUCAGUGGGGGUGUGAGCUCUGGCAGUAGCUCCAGCUCUGGAAGGAGAGGGUCCAUCUCUGGCAGUGGUGGGUCCAGCACUGGAGGAGGAGGCGGUUAUGGGUCUGGAAGUGGUGGCUAUGGGUCUGGAGGGGGAGGCAUCUCUGGUGGCAGUGGUGGGUCCAUCUGUGGAGGGGGAAGCAGCUCUGGAGGAGGAGGCUAUGGGUCUGGAAGUGGCAGGCGCAGUCCUAUCAGUGGGGGUGUGAGCUCUGGCAGUAGCUCCAGCUCUGGAAGGAGAGGGUCCAUCUCUGGCAGUGGUGGGUCCAGCAUUGGGGGAGGAGGCGGCAGUUAUGGGUCUGGAAGUGGUGGUUAUGGGUCUGGAGGGGGAGGCAUCUCAGGUGGCAGUGGAGGAUCCACCUCUGGAGGGGGAAGCAGCUCUGGAGGAGGAGGCGGCGGUUAUGGGUCUGGAAGUGGUGGCUAUGGGUCUGGAGGGGGAGGCAUCUCAGGUGGCAGUGGUGGGUCCAUCUGUGGUGGGGGAAGCGGCUCUGGAGGAGGAGGCGGUUAUGGGUCUGGAAGUGGCAGGCGCAGUCCUAUCAGUGGGGGUGUGAGCUCUGGUAGUAGCUCCAGCUCUGGAAGGAGAGGGUCCAUCUCUGGCAGUGGUGGGUCCAGCACUGGAGGAGGAGGCGGUUAUGGGUCUGGAAGUGGUGGCUAUGGGUCUGGAGGGGGAGGCAUCUCAGGUGGUAGUGGAGGAUCUAUCUGUGGAGGGGGAAGUAGCUCUGGAGGAGGAGCCUAUGGGUCUGGAAGUGGUGGUUAUGGGUCUGGAAGUGGCAGGCGCAGUCCUAUCAGUGGGGGUGUGAGCUCUGGCAGUAGCUCCAGCUCUGGAAGGAGAGGGUCCAUCUCUGGCAGUGGUGGGUCCAGCAUUGGAGGAGGAGGCAGCGGUUAUGGGUCUGGAAGUGGUGGUUAUGGGUCUGGAGGGGGAGGCAUCUCCGGUGGCAGUGGUGGGUCCAUCUGUGGAGGGGGAAGCAGCUCUGGAGGAGGAGGCAGUUAUGGGUCUGGAAGUGGUGGUUAUGGGUCUGGAGGGGGAGGCAUCUCAGGUGGCAGUGGUGGGUCCAUCUGUGGUGGGGGAAGCAGCUCUGGAGGAGGAGGCGGCGGUUAUGGGUCUGGAAGUGGUGGUUAUGGGUCUGGAGGGGGAGGCAUCUCAGGUGGCAGUGGAGGAUCCAUCUGUGGAGGGGGAAGCAGCUCUGGAGGAGGAGGCUAUGGGUCUGGAAGUGGCAGGCGCAGUCCUAUCAGUGGAGGUGUGAGCUCUGGCAGUAGCUCCAGCUCUGGAAGGAGAGGGUCCAUCUCUGGCUGUGGCGGGUCCAGCACUGGAGGAGGAGGCGGCAGUUAUGGGUCUGGAAGUGGUGGUUAUGGGUCUGGAGGGGGAGGCAUCUCCGGUUGCAGUGGAGGAUCCAUCUGUGGAGGGGGAAGCAGCUCUGGAGGAGGAGGCUAUGGGUCUGGAAGUGGCAGGCGCAGUCCUAUCAGUGGGGGUGUGAGCUCUGGCAGUAGCUCCAGCUCUGGAAGGAGAGGGUCCAUCUCUGGCAGUGGUGGGUCCAGCAUUGGGGGAGGAGGCGGCAGUUAUGGGUCUGGAAGUGGUGGUUUUGGGUCUGGAGGGGGAGGCAUCUCAGGUGGCAGUGGUGGGUCCAUCUGUGGAGGGGGAAGUAGCUCUGGAGGAGGAGGAGGCAGUUAUGGGUCUGGAAGUGGUGGCUAUGGGUCUGGAGGGGGAGGCAUCUCAGGUGGCAGUGGUGGGUCCAUCUGUGGAGGGGGAAGCAGCUCUGGAGGAGGAGGCAGUUAUGGGUCUGGAAGUGGUGGUUAUGGGUCUGGAGAGGGAGGCAUCUCCGGUGGCAGUGGUGGGUCCAUCUGUGGAGGGGGAAGUAGCUCUGGAGGAGGAGGCAGUUAUGGGUCUGGAAGUGGUGGUUAUGGGUCUGGAGGGGGAGGCAUCUCAGGUGGCAGUGGAGGAUCCAUCUGUGGAGGGGGAAGCAGCUCUGGAGGAGGAGGCAGUUAUGGGUCUGGAAGUGGUGGUUAUGGGUCUGGAGGGGGAGGCAUCUCAGGUGGCAGUGGAGGAUCCAUCUGUGGAGGGGGAAGCAGCUCUGGAGGAGGAGGCUAUGGGUCUGGAAGUGGCAGGCGCAGUCCUAUCAGUGGGGGUGUGAGCUCUGGCAGUAGCUCCAGCUCUGGAAGGAGAGGGUCCAUCUCUGGCAGUGGUGGGUCCAGCAUUGGAGGAGGAGGCAGCGGUUAUGGGUCUGGAAGUGGUGGUUAUGGGUCUGGAGGGGGAGGCAUCUCAGGUGGUGAGGGAUCCAUCUCUGGCAGUGGAGGGUCAGUAUCUGGAGGAGGAGGGUAUGGGUCUGAAAGUGGUGGUUAUGGUUCUGGAGGCGGGGGAAGCCCAGGCGGUGGGGGAUCUCUCUGUGGCAGCUGUGGGUCCAGUGUUGGAGAGGGAAGAUAUGGUUCUGAAGGAAUAGGAGGAAGCUCAGGUGUUGGAGGAUCUAUCUCCCCUGGUGGUAGCUCCAGCUCUGGAAGGAGAGGGUCAUCCUCUGAAGGCACAGGAGGAAGUUCAAGCAGUGGGGUUUCUAGGUUUGGAGGGGGAGGGUUUGUGUCUGGACGUGGUGGUGAUGGGUUUGGGGGAGGCAGAAGCUCAGCUGCUGGAACAUCCAUAUGUGGAAGGGGAGGGUGCUGUUCUGGGGUGAGCUCUGGAGAGGAGCAGAAUGCAGAGGAGGAGUAGCAUGCUGUAGGUUUCAAAUAUCUGCCUCUGGAGAUGAUACUGGAGAAGGCACCCCUAAAGGCAGAGAGCUCUUCUAGAAAGGGGGUUACUGGUCUGGUGGGGUAAGUGGCCCAGGGACAUAUGGUUCAUCUAGAGGUGCUUCCUAGAAAUAAUAUUUGCAUGCAAAGAUCAACUGUCACUGGAAUGGGAGCAUGGAGUUCUUGUGGACGCAAGAGUGGCUUUCCUUCUCUUAACUGAGUCACUCCUAGUCUAGUUGGGUCAUAUAUUGUCCCAAGCUCUGUUCUUUCUGCACUACCAUCUCCUGAAUUCUCCCACCAGUGUGCCAUGGGCACAACUUCUUUUGGCCUAUACUUUCUCUUGAAGAUAUUGUGACUGUAGCUGUUGUUUCUUUAGGCAUUUUCUGAAAUGCUCUGAGCAUUUCAGCUCGCAGGCUAUAGUUUGGACCUUUUUCUUUGUCAACUAAAAGCUUGAAAACCUG